AGUUACCACAACCAGUCACGUGACCAGGCUCAGCUCGGCGGCUGCUGGUCCGACGAGGAGCGCAGGAGUCAGACGAGGAGCCAACGUUACAGGUGGAGCGGGAGGCGCGCGGAGUCGGUGCUGGACGAGACGGAGACGGAGACAGAGACAGAGACGGAGACAGAGACGGAGACAGAGAAGGAGACGGGAACAGCGCGCAUGUUUUGUGCCGCAGACCGCUCUCACAGCGCCGGACGCGAUCGAGCCGCUGUGCCGACUUUUGACGCACGGACUUGUUUGCGCGCAGAAGUGGCGCCAUGGACAUGAUCUCCCCCAGCACCCUUCACCAGUAGCCGGGCAGAAUGGCUUCUGCUCCUCCUUCCAGAGAGGACACCAGCAGCUCAUUAGCUCUGCGCUGGAGGCUGACGCCGACAUAGAUAUCCACCACUCAGGACGCCAACUUCAAACUCAGUCAAAGCCGGCCGAGCUGCCCUCCGCAGGCCUGGUUCCACAUCUGCGUGAGCUGCUCUGAACUCGUGACUCGUGCCAGAGCGGCACAUGUCCAGGACAGCGUCGGCGUCCCCGCAGUGCAACAGCGUCUGGACUGAGACCUUGGACCAUGUCCUCGCCCUGAUUUCGUGCUUUGGUGGCAGAGCUGGACUGUGCAGCUCUUCCACACUUAGACAAACCUGGACUCUGAGCCAUGUCUCUUCUCUCAGCCCUGAGCAUCAUCUGUGGGUUGAUGCUCCAAGUGGCAUGUGGUGCACCCAACACUCGCUACUGUGUCCCACGAAAGACUGUCCCUUAUCACAAUGAGCUGAAGUUGUUCACAGAAGAGGGGAUCUCCAACUACUCCACCAUGUUAAUGAUAGAUGACCUGGGAGUGCUGCUGCUGGGGGCCAGAGAGGCAAUAUACGCUCUGGACAUCGACGACAUCUCAGUCAAGAAGGCUGCGGUGUACUGGCGAGUGACCGAGGAGAAGCAGAGGGAGUGCACUUACAAGGGAAAACACGCCGAGGUGGAAUGCCGCAACUACAUCCGAACCCUGCACAGAGUGAAUAACACUGCAAUGUAUGUGUGUGGCACCAACGCUUUUAGCCCCACCUGUGAUUAUGUGACGUUUGUUGGUGGACAGCUGAGCCUGCAGAGAAAGCCAGAGGAGGGAAAGGGGAAGUGUCCUUUUGAUCCCUUCCAGAGAUACUCCUCCCUCUUGGUUGGAAGUGACCUGUAUUCGGCAACAUCCAUUAACUUCUUGGGCUCUGAGCCGGUCAUCCUGCGCAGCUCAAACUUGGCUCUCCGCACUGAGUUCAAGAGCUCCUGGCUCAGUGAGCCCAACUUUGUCUACAUGGACUUUGUGGGUGAGAGUUUUGAUAGCUCUGAUGGCGAUGAUGACAAGGUGUACCUGUUCUUCAGUGAGAACGCCAUGGAGUAUGACUUCUACAGCAAAGUUGCAGUGUCACGAGUGGCCCGUGUCUGCAAGGGGGAUAUGGGCGGCCAGCGGACGCUGCAGAGGAAAUGGACGUCGUUUCUGAAAGCUCGUCUGGAUUGUUCCCUCCCUGAACCCAGCCUGCCCCCCAUUGUCCAGGAUGUCUUCCUGCUGAAGCAUGAGGACUGGAGGAAGAGCGUCUUCUAUGCUGUCUUCACCCCACAGUCGAGCUUGUCCCAGGUAUCUGCAGUGUGCGCAUACAGCGUGUCUUCCAUCAGAGAUAUUUUCAAUGAGGGAAAGUUCAAGACACCCGUUACUGUGGAGACGUCCUAUGUGAAGUGGGUGAUGCACACUGGAGAAGUGCCAGUCCCCAGGCCAGGAGCGUGCAUCAAUAAUGUGGCUCGCAAAAUGGGGAUGAAUCGCUCUCUGGACCUUCCUGACAAAACCCUCCAGUUCAUCAGAGACCGUCCCCUCAUGGACGAGGCUGUUCGUCCUCUGACAGGAGGGCCGCUGCUGGUCAAGGAAGGAGCUUUGCUGACUCGGAUAGUGGUGGACAGUGUGUUGGCGCUGGACGGACAGAGAUAUGCCGUCAUGUUCAUUGGCACUGAAAAUGGAUACGUUCAGAAGGCUGUCAACUACGCCGGAGAAAUGUUCAUAAUUGAGGAGAUUCAACUGUAUGAAAACCCUGAGCCCAUCAGCAUCCUGCGCCUCUCGUCCACCAAGGGCCAGCUGUAUGCAGGUUCACAGUUUGGUGCUAUCCAGAUGCCAGUCAGUAACUGCAGCCGCUAUGACUCUUGUGUGGACUGCAUCCUGGCCAGGGAUCCGUACUGUGCCUGGGACGUCUCCACUGAGCAGUGCUCCUCAGUCCACAGCUUACCCCCCUCCUCAAGGACUGCAAUGCAGAGUCUGAAGGAGGGAGACGUCUCACGUUGUCCUCAGCCAGAUCCACUAGUAGCUUUGGACUUCACCCUCGUUCCGGAAAAUAACAUCCAGCUGCCUUGCCAGCUCCACUCCAACUUGGCACAGGUCCUCUGGCGUUUCUCUGACCAAACACUUCACUCCAACCACAAAUACUAUAUCUACGGCGGAGGCCUACUCAUCCUGAGUGCCUCUGAAUCGGAUGCUGGUCUUUACACCUGUGUCUCAGUAGAGCAGAUAAACGGCAGAACAUACAACCGAACUGUAGCGGUUUAUCGCUUACGGCUCUACUCUGGCCCAGACGCGGGGAACAGCACCACCACUGUCAACAAAGUGACAAACUCCCCUGACUCUAUUCACACUCUGACCACAGCUACACCGGGGCCGGUGCCAAACCACGACAACGAGGACCUGCUGUCCCCUGAGAGUCACAGUGACACUGGCCGGGUCACUCAUUUAGAGGUGGCUGUGGCUCUGCUCUCGCUGCUUUCUCUCUGUCUGAUGGGGGCCAUAGUUUGGCUCAUGAGUCGAGGACGUUGGGAAUGCUCCAAAUUUGUACCAGUGCUCAAGAGCUCCAGUGAAAGCGAGGGCAAACGGCAGUCGUGCGAAUACAUGCACAUCCCAAACAGAACCUCAGAGGUAAAGUUUUUGGGGCCUGAUUCUGCGAGACCUUGUGCUGCCAAUAACAAUCACAGUGCUGUUGACUUCAAAGGGAACGGGGGCCACUUCACACCUAUGGCCAACAUUUCAAGUCUGGAUGGUCUUGGAUACAUAAAUGAUGAGUCGGAGAUUUGACUCUGCUGAGGUAUAGAAUUCCGUCCGAGGCCGACACCAGUGCACUAAUUAUCUUCCUAUAGAUGUACUUCUGAAGAGAGACAGUUCUCAGAAAAGAUUUUCACAUUACAAAUUCUUUUGAUAAGUAUCCUGUUUCUCCUCGCCAAUUUCCUGCACUGUCUAUCAUUUCCAUACUCUAAGCAGGCGGCUGCAAAAGACAGCGAAAAGACUUAUUUCUGGUGGAGGUUCCACUCCAGGAAAUUGUUGAAAAUAUUUUUUUUAUAUAUGUAUUUUUUGUACAAUGAGAAAUUGUGAAUACACUUUUGUGUAAUAUAUUGUGUACAGCCAAGACCUUUUUUCAACUAUUUAUUUGUUGCAGUGAAAGUUUUUCUUUCACCUCAGAAAACACUGUAAAUAUGGUCAACAACAAUGAACAAGUAGAAAACACUGUGACCUCCAUCUUCUAGUCACAUUUCUUUUUAUGGAUUCUACUGUUUAUUUAAGACAACAUUCAUCAUCCUCGCUGACUGUGUUAAUGAUUGAAUACUCUGUACUAGUCUUUAUAGCUCCCGGUGGAUGUUAAAAACUUAACUACAGACUUUGUAUUUAAACAUUCUAAUGACACUCAACAGGCGAUACAGAGUGAACUUUAUACCUCUAUCUUCCAUAGCCAUAAAAAAAGAUCAUCUCACUCCAGUAAAUUUGACAUCAUCAUUUUACAAGUGUAGGAGUGUAACCAACGUUGUUUUUGGCUACACUGCUAUACUUUAGAUUCCAAGCAUAUACUGUGCUCUUACUUUGAAAAAGGGUCAAAUGUCAUUGGGAUGUAGAUAUGUGGGUGUACAUUUCUGGCAGUGAGUCGCCUCGGAGAAGCAUUUCAGAUUAAGUGUUAAGCUAAAGAAAAUGCAGUCCAUGUUCAUAUUAAUAAUAAUGAUAGUAAUAAAAAAAAACUUAAUUUGGA